AUGGAGAAUUCAUCAAUGGAGGAACCCAAAAUCCCUCAUCGUCCAACUAUAUGCUUCAGACCAAUAAACCCUUCUGAUUUAGAGCGUUUGGAGCAAAUCCAUCGCGACAUAUUCCCAAUCAGGUAUGAGUCUGAGUUUUUUCAGAAUGUUGUAAACGGAGGUGAUAUCAUCUCUUGGGCUGCUGUUGAUCGGAGCCGUCCUGAUGGUCAUUCUGAGGAACUUAUUGGAUUUGUUACUGCCAAAAUCGUGCUUGCCAAAGAAAGCGAAAUAUCAGAGCUAAUAAGAUAUGACUCGUCAAAGGGAGAGGAGACAUUGGUUUACGUCCUAACACUUGGAGUAGUAGAAACCUACAGAAAACGCGGAAUAGCUAAGUCGCUUAUCAACGAGGUCAUCAAGUACGCGGCUAGUAUCCAUGUGUGCCGUGGUGUUUACCUUCACGUCAUUGCACACAACAAUCCCGCAAUCCGAUUGUACAAGAGAAUGUGUUUCAGAUGUGUUAGGAGGUUACAAGGAUUCUACCUAAUCAACGGCCAGCAUUUCGAUUCUUACUUGUUCGUCUACUUCAUCAACGGCUCUCGAUCUCCUUGCUCACCCUUAGAUCUUGCGGUGUUGGUUCUGAAUUAUAUGAGGAGCGGAAUCAAAUCAGUCACGUCAAAGCUGACAAUGAAGCACGAAGAGAAAGGCUUGAAAUGGCUUAAAUGCAAAGACAACUCGCGGUGUCUCUUGCCCACUCAGACCAAACGAAACCUUGCAUCCGAAAGAUUAUCGUCCGGGUACGAUUACGUUUAG